CUCUCUCUCUCUCUCUCUCUCUCUCUCUCUCUCUCUCUCUCUCUCUCUCCCUCACACACACACCCACACCCACACACACACACACACACACACACACAGGGUCGCAUCACGCCAUCGGAAUCUCCGCCAGCUGCGCAGACUCAGCAGCCAUCACAGCGUCACAUCAGCAGGGUUUUCCGUCGCUCUGCGUGGAUUUAGUGGAGUUAUUUAUUUAAUUACGGGUUAUAUAAUACACACACCGACUUCACACACACACAAACACUCCUCCUGUCUCUCUCUCUCUUGGUUACACUCUGACCGUCCUCAUCCGCCUGAGCAGUAAGUAACAUUUCUGUGGAUAUUUGCAUGUUGAGGUGCCAGCAGCAGGGGGGUGUGUGUGACAGUGUGUGUGUGUUUGUGUGUAUGUGUGCGUGCGUGCGUGCUUGCGUGUCUUUGUGUUUUGGUUUCUGCUGCACAAAGAAACGACAGAAUAGAAACACAUAUCUGGUGUUAGAGUUGAGGGUGUCCGUGUUGUGGACAGGUCGGUGUAACAUUUCCUCCAUGUUUGACCGCUUGUCUUGAAGCAGACCUCUGCCUCACUUGAAGUUGUCCUCCUUUAACAGCACGCGCUUUUUUAAAGCUUCACCUGUUUUGAUGAGUAAGAGGAUAUACAUGAAGUUAUCUUAAAGAAAGAAGAAGAAAUGAGAUGAAAAAACAGGGUUUACGAUCGAUAUUACUGCUUGGAGGAGAGGUGCUGUCGUCAAAAUGUCGCGCAUAGUUCACAGAAGCUGUGGUCCCGUCUCUUUAGAAUCACGGGACAUCUCUGACCCGGACCAGGACUCUGAGGAGCCCUGACCCCCCUGAUUCUGCAGAACCAGAUAUUCAAUGGACUCUGUGCCUGUGACUGCACACAUGAAUCCCGUAUUAUGAUUCAUUAUAUUAUUAGAUUUAUUAAUAACUGUUAUGAUUAAAAUAUCGGGUGUUAUCCCGAUCGGUGCGCGUUGUUAUCAUGUAAAUUGGGAUUAUAUCGUAUCGUGUUGGAAUAAUUUUUAUUGCCCAUUUGGGACUUAGGGACCGCUGACGUCACGAGCGCACCACUCGAGGUGUUGUUCUGCAGCUGUUCCCACGUCACGACGCGUGCGGAGCUCGAGCUCUGCCUGCAUCAUCAUCACACUCAGAGGUGGCGUGGGCGUUUAAAAAAGAGCACGUUCUAUACAGAUACAGGGACACUCAGAACUUAAUUAUUGUCAGGAGGGUUUAGAUCUGAUCGGAGGUCAGUCAUCUGUCUCCUUAUCUUAACCGUGGAUUUAUCACUGUGGGAGAAUCCAGAUUGAGGACUUUUAAAAGGACAAGGUCAUCUGACAGAUCAGGAUAGGUUUUGGGUGUUCGUGCAAAUAACAAUGACAAAAAAACUCCAAAGAAAUAAGUUGAUCAGACUAUGCUGUUUCGAUGCCCUGUGGUUCACCGUUUAAUCAUAAAGCACGCCACACAGAUAUGAUCAGAUUAAUCCUCACAAUUAUUAAAACUGUGCUCAGAGUAGCUGCAGAGAUUAUCAUGUGGGAUUGCAGGGGACUGCAGAUUCAUACAGACUGAGAGCUAAAGGGAAGUAUCCAGGUGAAUUAUUGAUAGAAUAUGAAAACUGAGUGUAUAGUUUAAAGGGGCAGUUCCCAUCAUUACUUCACACUUAGUCAUGAAUACUGAGAAAUCUUAGAGCAGUAGUUCUCAACUGGUCUCACUCUGGAACCCACAUUUUCCCAUGGUCCUUUAGCCAUGACCCACUUUUAUAGAAUUCAAACAAAGCAAAUUAAUUUUUUAUAUAUAAAAAAAUCUUUAAAGACUCUAAUCUUUAACAUAAAUCCACUUGUUUUGUUGAGUAAAGUGCAUUUCAGAGCACAUGAAUGGGACAACAUGAGGAUGACAACUACCGAAAUAGCAUAUACAGAAAAUAUCGAAUAUCUAAUAAAUAUCAAAUUAAAUAUUUACUUUUUGACCAGCUGUUCGUGACCCAUCCAGAGCGUGUCCACAACCCACUUUUGGGUCAGGUCCCACCAGUUGAGAACCACUUUCUUAGAGGACUCUUGCACCACUCAGAUGUAAGAAAUGUAACAAUCUGUUUUGGACUCACACUAUUUACUGUGAGUUGGGAUAUUUUGGCCUCUGUUGUAUUCAAUUUAAUCAAUAUUUGUUUUUCACCAAAGCUUUGUUUUGUUUUUAUGAAGUUAUGAAACACACCAAAAUGAACACUGAUGUCAAUCUUUUCUGGCCACAUAAGAACAUCACAAAACUAUUGAUUAUUUUUACUAAUGCUUUUUCACCCUUACCUCCAGAUAGCUGUUGGACAUAUUGAAUAACAGCACGUUAGAAAAGCAGCUAUUGCUUUUUAUAUUUUCCAUGGUAGGAGUCACAAAUCUGUGGAAGGGUAUCAGCCAAAAAUGAGGAAAAAAAUCAUUAGAGGGGGAGAAUUUUCUUCAUUAUGCACUUUGAGAAAAAGCUCUCAACAUCAGGACAUAAUUCUGAGAAAAAAAAAAUGAAGUUGCUCAGUGGAGAAUUUUUUAAUUCUCUUUUAAUCACACGGAUAGUGGAAAAAUACAAAUGAAUGUCUUUUUAGACUCUGAUCUGUGAUGACAGACACAUCAACCAAACUGAGGAAAACUGACAGUAAAUAACAGUGGGUGAAAAGGUUAAGGUUAUUGUGACAAAUAACAGUAAAGUGGACAAACUGUUGUCAAUACCCCUUUGCUUCAUGCUGGGGUCUUGUCUUACUUUGUUGAGAUUCUGUUUUAUACAACCACCCACUCACUGUACAUGUCUUACUGGAUUCACCAGAAGGUCUAUCAGAGAUUUAAUAUUUGUAUCCUGUAUAUGAAGUGGCAGAAUUUCCCUUUAAGUAUAUUUUAUAUGAUACCAGGAGACUACUCUGUACUUUUAAAAAAUGUUGAUUGAUGUGGGCGCUGAUUAUUGCUGAGGUAUGACAGGAGAUCAUCAGCAUAUAAAGAUAGUUUAGAUUAACUUGUGACUAUAUUAUGAUUGAAGAAAAUAUUAUGAGACACAGAAAAGAGCCCCAUGGGACUUUUUAUAACCUUGGUUCUCCUUAGAGAUGCUCCUUCUUGGCUGGAUGCCCCCUUUCAUCUUUAGUGUCCCUGCCAGGUCUAAAGCCACAUUACAGCUCUCUGAACCUCCUCCUGUCUUUCCCCUGUGGUAUUUCCAGUCCUCCUGACGGACCAGAAGCGACAGUGCUGACCCGGAUAACCGCUGAGAUUGUGCUUCACACCGAGGAAAGCUUCUCCAAGCAGACGGACACAACUGAGGACAGACAUCAGAGUCAGCAGCAGCAGCAGUAUCAACCUCUGCAUCCACAUCAUCCUCCCCCAUCCUCCUCUCCCCUGUCACAUUUAACAUGACAGACCCCAGCCUCACGUCACCUUCAGGGACGCCGCUGCGCUCCCCUAAUGCCUCUCUAACCCUCUCUUUCCCCUUCCUGAGGGAGGGAGGUCGAGUAUGGGAGGAUGGGAAGGAACAGCCACUGCCGAGGGACCUGCCUAGCCCGUUACCAACCAAACGCACUCGCACCUACUCAGCGUAAGUGAAAUGUGUGAUAUACCCACAAUUAAGGGGCAGAUAGUCUACAUUUACUCCCAGACCAUCAAAUGUUUCUGUACAUGGACAUGAUUUAAUCUUUGAUUUGAACAGUGCAAAGACAACAGAACGUUGACUUUUUACUUUCUGAUUAAAUUUUUGAAUUUGAUGCCUGCAGAAAGUUUUGGAUUAGUUUGGAAAGGGGCAUCACCUCUUCUUUUAACAACACACCAUCAUCCUUCAAUAGGUGAUGCCUCCAGACUUAACGCAGGCCAGUUCAGCACCUGGACUCUUCUACUACAUAGCCAUGCCUCUUAAAUACUCGCAGACUUACUGAAAUGUGCAAGAUGUUACCAGAUCCAUGAAUUAAACCGGUGACCAACAGAGUAAACCGUUUUUUAAAACUAUUUUUAAUUCUUAUUUCAGCUAUUAGGAUGUUAAAGCUGCUUGUUUCUAAAUGUAGAGGUUUUGAUGCUGCACUGUUUGCAGCGUGCGUCAGUAGAUCAGUGUUCCUCCUUCUGCUGCCAUUGUGUAGUGACAUUAAAAGACAGUUCAUGUGUAGGUGUUGUGAUGAACUACUCUUUUAUCUUCUUCCUCACUUCCUUUAUAACUCCUCCUCUCUGUCCUCACACUUCUCUGGCCUCAGGAAGGUCCAAAUGUUGAAUUGUGCAACACUGAGGAGAAAACGAACAGCUUGAUGAAUCUUAACUGACAGGAAUUAAUAUUCAUGUGAAGUGAGAUUGUCAAUAUUUGUCUCUCUCCCCCCGCAGCACGGUACGAGCUCACUCAGGUCCAGUGUAUAAAGGCAUGUGUAAGAACUUCUCAAGGUCACAAGGUCACGGCUUUAUCCGACCCUCCCAUGGCGGCGAAGACAUCUUUGUUCACAUCUCAGAGUGAGUGACUGAGCGCAACUCUUGGGGGCAUCAUCAGAUCACAACAGACAAAUAGACAUCUAAGCUUUACUAUAAAUAAACAGACUCACUGCAGGCCUGCAGAGAUAGAGGAGUGUUAAAGACAGCAAACAGCUCUGAUUUUAUGUGUAUUUAUUCAGAAGGAAAGCAACUCCAUCUCCUUGGACACUGAACUGUCACAUCUGCAGGAAGAUGGUUAUUUUGUGGUACAAUUUCUAUGGAAAGUUACACCUUAUCAUUCUGGUUCUUCUCUGUUUCAGCAUCGAGGGCGAGUACGUCCCAGUCGAGGGUGAUGAGGUCACGUACAAAAUCUGCCGGGUCCCACCCAAGAACCUGAAGGUGCAGGCGGUGGAGGUGAAAAUCACACACCUGAACCCAGGGACCAAACACGAGACCUGGUCUGGACAGAUCAUCAGCUCGUAGGCUGGGCCUCUGGGCCUGUUGGGUGCUGCUGGGUGGGUCUGGGUUGUUGUAGCAUUAAUACCUUUUUCUCUGAGCUACAAUAGUUUUUAAAAUAGAUAUUUUACAAACACAGCAAAUUCAGUUUAGGUUGUCAUUACUCCCUGAUCACAACUUCCUGUUUUCUUAUUGACGAAUCUGCUGUGUAUGUGAAACUGACAUUCAUUUGUCAUUAGGAAAAAUAACAGAUUAGUUUUAUUUAUCUACCUAUUCUUUUUUCAUUACUGCAGUGUAGAGGUUAAAAAGCAGGGUGGACAAACGGCUGAGCUCAGUUUCACUUCCCUCCUUUCCAGCUGUUGUUUACUUCACAAAGUCUACUGGAUCACAUGCUUAAUGAAAGCUCUGGUCAGAUGAUAAGUUGUCAUGUUACAUCUGGUUUAUAUCGACUUAACACUCUGAAAGAUUAGAAAUGACCAUGAAUUUAGCAGAGAUGUAGGAAAUAAAUAAAAGAGAGCUGUUAAAGGGUAACACUUCAUACUAAACUCCUUGUAAUAAGCAUUAAUUAAUGGUAAAUAAGCCACUUAUAAAAUCUUACAAGAUUCCUUUUAACUUGUAUAAAUGUUACUAAGACUUAAUAAAAACCUGUAUUCUUAGGUAUAUGAGAGAGAAAGGCAAUGUGGGGAGUAGUUAGAGGGAAAAGACAUGCAGUAAAGGGUUGUGGUCAGGAAUGGAACUAGUGGCUGCUGCAACAGGGACUAUAUACAUGGGGUGCUUAGACCACAAGGCUAUCAGCACCCCAGUUAAAGCAUAAUUAACAUAAUAGAAGCUCCAAUAUGAAGCAUAUUAACACUUAAUGUAACUGUCAUAUGCAUUCAGGUUGUUAACAAAUUCCAGUGAACACUUAUAGGGGGGUUAAAAGUUAGUUAAUUAUAGUGAGGGAACCUUCCCAAAAGGCUCAAUUAAGUUCUAUCUUCUAUCUGUUAGCAAUAAUAAAUGUUGGUAAUAAUUCUAAUAAAGGCUCAGACUGCUACAUGGAUGUUGAUAGAGGUCCCAUUAGACUCUAAAAGUUGUCUGUUCACUGUAAAUGGUAAUAAGUUCCCUGACAUUAGCUCCUGAUAGACAUGUUUAUUAAUCUUUAACUAACUCCUUAAUGUUGAUUGACAUUCUACUAAUGUGUUAUGUAAGGGUACAUAAACUGUUAAUAUGUUUCUGAUUGGAGCUUUAAGUGUAUCAUCAGUAAUAAUGAAUGUGGUAGUUAUGCCUUUAUAAACACUUAUUAACGUGCAAAUGUUUAUAAGCAUCUUAUAAGGUUGCAGAAGUGGCUAAUUUACUUUUAAUUAAUGCACAUUACAAGAACUGUCAAAGUAAGUAAAUCUCAGCUGGUUUGACUCUGAUACUAAGUUGCCUCAUGAAGUGUUGGUAUCAGGUCAUCAGUCCGGAAACAUAGCCACAGCGAGACCAAAAAAAAAAAAAAAAAAAGGGAAAUGGGAGGUUUUUUUUAAAGGAAACUGGAGCUGAAGUUUUAGCAUGAGGCAAGGUCAGGACCUAAGCAGGUAUAUCACUUUAAACCAAGCAUGGAUUUUUUAAAAAAUUAGAUAUAUUUUACUGUGAAUGAAAAGCGAUUUCCUGAAAAAUGCAUAUCCAUGUUUGUGGUGUCUUACCUGUGGUUAUUUAUUUUGGUCAUUCACUAGAUGAUUUCUUCAGAUUUUUGUGUCUGCAGAUUGUAGGUUUGUACAUUUCUGGUUAAAUCUUACUUAAAUUUGAACUUCCUCUGUGAGAACUGCUUCCAGAUUAUUAAUGUCAGAGUUUUCUGGAUUUGUCGUCCUGUUUUGAAAGGAAGUUAUUUUUCUAUUAUUAGAAAAAAAAAUGUCUGUGUGUGUUUGUUGAGCAUAGUCAGUGUGAUGGUGAACUCCAUAACUUCAAAGUAGGUGCCAGUAGAGAUCAUUAUCACAGAAAUAUUGUUUGUAGCUCUGUAGUUAUGUCCUGUAGACUUAUUGUUUGUUAUAUCUGUUUCACUGAGUGUCGAUUUGACUCGUCUCUCUGUCUGUGUCACUGCCUGACUCUGUUCAACAUGUUAACUCUUUAUUUCUGUCACUUUAAGGGCACUUUGUUUAGUGGACAAGCCGCUCGGUCGGUGAUCCACAUUAUGACUUUUACUGAGCCUUGAGAGAACAUUAAAGCAUUUUAUGAUUCACAAGACUGAUCGAAGGUUUGACUCUUUGAACAAGGGGGAAAACUCAGACUGACAGAGGGGAAGGAAAAGGAUGAAAAAACACUGUGGUCAACAUGUUAACAGACCCGUUUUGCUUGUAUUGGCUGAGAAAGCAGAAGAAACACAGGAAAUGUGAGGAGCUGAAAGUGGGAGAUAGCACACAGUAAAAAGUGUCCGAGAGUUGAACCAUCCACCAAUGCAAUGAGAAAUAAAGCCUUUAUGGGGUGUGGACUACUUUUCAAGCUUAAGUUGUACCCUGAGAGAGUUUUUUUUUUAUUAUAUUCAGGGUCCCAAGGUCAAAUAGUAAAUAUCCCUGCAAAAUUUCUCCUGUUUGUUUCACUUGAUUAUACAAUGUUUGAAUCCACUUAAAGUUUAACACAUAUUUUAAUUUGAGACUAAGCUGGAAAACACAAAACCCCACCUCCAGAAAAGGUGGAGCACUAUUUGAAAUGUUAAUUACAUAAGAAUUCUGUGAUUUGCAAAUUCAAACUAUAUGUUUCUUCGGAAAUAGUGCAAAGACGACAAAUCAAAUGAUCAAACUUAAAAAUGUACAUGUUUUAUGACAGAUGUAAAAUAUUUUAAAUCUUGUUUCUAUCGUCACAUUUAAAAACAGCUGAGAAAGGGGCGAGAAAACACUUAAAAAGUUGUGUUGUGCUAAAACAUUAGCCUGGAAGAACAUUUCUCAACCUACGAGGUUAAUUUGUAACACGUUGGUAAUAGAAGUGAGAAAAGAAAGAACAUCCCAGAGACGUUGAGUCUUCCUGAAGUAAAGGCAGGAAAGAGAGUCACCACUCAAUAAGAGACUGAGUGAGCAAAUAGCUCAACAAUUCAAGACUAAUAUUCCUGGGUGGGCACAACUGUAUACUUAUGAAACACACAUUACAAUGAUAAUUAUCGUGUGUUGAUAAAUUCUUCAAAAGCUAGCAUCCUUUAUCUGGACAGACAAACACUGAACUGCUCUUUGAUUUUGAAGCAUCUCUGUUGGUGAUAGUUUGGCGACCUCUGGUGGUGAAGUUAAAAAAGCCAUCAUGACAAAUAAAAAAGGAGCCUUGCUGGGACUCUAUAGAUACUCUAAUUGAGAAAACAGUUGGUUUCAUGUAUAAGUGAAAAAAAACAAGUGCAGAACCCUGUGAAGUGAUAUCAAGAAGGUUUUAAUGUAAUCAUUAAAUUCAAAAUGCAUUUUAAGUCCAUCGACGACUGAUAUGACAUGAAACAUCAGUGACAUUAAAAGCUGAUUGAUUUUCAUCAGUGUAUUUCUGUCUCUACAUCCUACUAACAGUCUUUAGAGUGAAGGAGUGUUUACAGUCUGAUAUAAAUCUGAAUAUAUUUACAAUAAUGAUCCAUCAUGGAUGCAUUUUUUCCUAGACCAUUUUAAAGUACUGUUAUCUUUCUGGGAUUUUCAAACUAAAAUACUCACGUCAUACAAAGUUCUUCCAUGAAACUCCUUUGAGUGAAAAUGUCAUGAAUUUAAAAACAAACAAACCUCAGAUAUGUACAGUCACCCAGUUAAACACAUGCAAACCAUAACACAGCUCAUGAAUAUUUACAUUAAAAAACACAAUCUUCAUUGACAAAACUUUGCGGUGCACCUUGUCACAGUAGCUUAAUUCCCUGGUUAGGAUGAAUAAAUUGAGUCAGUUAUGUCAGUUUAACAUAAAAUCAGAUAAAUCGUCACUGACAGACAUAGAUAUGAGAAUAUCUGGAAUGAUUUGUACUUGUCCUGUUUGUAGAGGAGAAAAGUCUCAAAGCAUGCCUCAUUCAUAUCUGUUACAAACUAGACUCACAAAGAACAAUCUCAUGCUUCUUUAUCUUAAAAACUGUACCAACAUGUGGUAUUACAUUAUGGCAACAUUAGUGCAAAACAUCGUCCUAUACUCUUACAUCUUAUGGAGUCAAACUUUUCAACACUGCUGAUGUUGAAUAAUCUCUUUUUUUUGGUUAAUGUUGAGACACUCUGCUGCAGUGCAGUGAUGCUGCACUUGAGCACAUUUUAAAUUUAACAUUCUUGUGUUACUGUCUCUUUAAAAUCACAGAGUAGGAUUUUUUCUGCAAAUACAGCCAAAUCAUCCUGCUGCUGUCUAUUUGAAUUGAAAGGAGGAAUCAGUAGUAAGACAGUUUCAGCAGUUCAUAAAUAGCCCAGACUUGAGCUUGUUGUUGUUGUUGUUGUCCUUUCGCUAGAGUCUCAAAGUUCAGUAAUUAGAUACAGAGUCAGGAGUGGGGGGUAGUUCAAGACAUCAGGAUUCGUAGGGUGGAGUGUCAAUGAAAAGUUUCCGACAGAGUCUUGCUGUGUGUGCUGGAGAGUAAACUGUGAAUCCGAUCGUCCGUGGGUCGUUGAAAAUUUCAAAGUCAUUUCCUCCC